AUGACGCUAGCUAGAUUAGUGUUUACAGGGAUGGGCAUCUCAUCAAAUAAUUUCCUUAAUCUUUCAUACAACUGGAUAAGUGACAGCAAAUCACUACAGGAGCCUUGCUAAUAUCAGUUUCACCUGACCUAUCAUUUAGGAUCAUUGCGGAUGGAGGAAAUGAGACAAGGAAAAUAAACCUGUUUAGGCUAUUGAGAUGCACCGCUAUGAUUGAGCUGAAGUUUCCCUUUCCAUUACUGACAAACUCAACUGACCGUAGAUCAGUGUCUUGGGGCAUCUUCAGUGUACCCAUUCAUUCUUCACAUAGGCUAGUUCUUAUAGGCCUAGCUGCAUGUUAAGGUCAUAAGGAACCCCGCCCUCCCUGUCCAGUUAAGUCCCGUUUUUAAUUUGUUUACAAUCUGCAGAUUAUCCCUCCUGUGGAUAAUGAUAAAACAGUGGGCUGUUUGUCGCUGACUAGCUCCAAUCUAAGCCAGUUAAUUUACUAGGCAGUUAUUCUGUACAACACUUCUCUAGCUACACACACAGAUUUUUGUUAAGUGAAAAGUUACUCUGGUAGUUUAGAUUUGGGGUCAUAUCCCUUCAGCAUAACAUCCAGUGUGUGCGACCAUAUCACUAUUUUCACCUUAACUCCAAUCUCAGUUUUAUGUUCUCUUAGAUUAAUCUUUCUGAAGUUGUGUAAGGUUUCUCACGAAGGCUAUUGCAGUGAAUUUUAUUUGCUUAUGACUUACUCAAGGUCCAGUGGUCCACACCAACACAUCAGUGGGUGGAUUUCAAGUCUUAAAGGCCCAUUGCCUUCAAAAUCCUGUUUUUUUGUGUCAUGUUGUACAAUAGCUGAUCUAACUUUUAAAUCAGUGUUAUGUCCUAAUAGUUGCUGGUUGAAAAUCCAGUCUACACAGGAUCUUCUAAUUUUGGGAAAUGAGUACACAAUGCAGGCCCUUAUCAGAAUUGAGCAAUGAAUGAGUCAUUUUCAGGACAUAAGUAUUUUUUAUGAAGAUAGAAAAAGUCUUGCCCUCCCUGAAGUCAUACUAAACGUUGCGAAAGAAGAGUUGCGGUUAUGGAAAUGUUAGCUUAGCUUACUUGUGGUACCUAAUCUUUGUGCAUACUGAUCAGCCCAAACAUUGCGGCCACAUACCUCAAAAUCAAUUUUAUACAACCUGGUGACGUCACCAGUCGGUAAAUUAGUUAAUAGACCAACAGCAAAGAGUUAUUAACCUCUCUGCCAAUAACAGCAGGUUCUCAGUUUUCCCCUCCCCACUCAGACCACUCCCAGACAGUCCUAGCAACAUUCUUGCUUGAGAAAUAGUGUUUUGCUAAAAAGCUGUUUUUGUCAAUUUUAAUGGAAAACUAUUACAGUAAGAUACUUAAUUGUUACCCAGAAAUGAUUUGAUAUUGAUAGAAAAAUGGCUGCAUUGGACCUUUUUUUAAGUGGUCAUUCCAUUGUCCUGGCCUUGCUCCCUGUGGUUGUACAACAUUACCCUUUGGUUCAGUUGCUGUACUGUAGACUAACAUCCUCCCUCUUUCUCAGUGUGCGCAAGUGGGUGACUGGAAGACAGCCAAAUCUAUCUAUGAGUUUGGCGCCAAGGACAUAGAUGGUGAAGAUGUGUCCCUAGAGAAAUACAGGUGAGAGAGCAGGCCCAGAAAGGUAGAAACUCACCCCAGGUAUCGGUACUACUUCCUCUCUAACGUUAACCCCGCACGGUGUUCUCUCUCCUCUGCCCAGGGGGUUUGUCUGCAUCAUCACCAAUGUCGCCUCUAAGUGAGGUAAGACCAGGGUAAACUACACUCAGCUAGAGGGAAUGCACGCCUCCUACGCUGACAAAGGUUUACGCAUCCUGGGCUUCCCCUGCAACCAGUUUGGAGGGCAGGUAUGGUACCGGCUCAAACCACUACUGUGGCAUAGCCUUUUCAUUCAUCCACAAUGGUGUGUGUUGUGUCAUGAGGGCAGUUUGACAUCCUAAAGAUCCAGAGUACAACCAAUAUGGCCACCGGACUCUGGCUUUGAAUUGGAAUUUCCAUUCUGCCAAUUCUAAUUAUAUGGUUUGACUGCUUCUCCUUUUCCAUUCUCCAGGAGCCAGGUACAGAGGUGGAAAUCAAGGAGUUUGUCAAACAAUUUGAUGUUCAGUUCGACAUGUUCAGCAAGAUCGACGUGAACGGAGACAAUGCCCACCCUCUCUUUAAGUGGAUGAAGGAACAGCCCAAGGGCAAGGGAACUCUGGGAAAGUGAGUUCAAUCCCCCUGAUAGGUCUAUUGGUCCGGGCCUAUGCUCCAUGUCCUACUUGUUUGGUUUUUCACAGAUGUUAUUAGAUUAUUUUGACUUCAGGGGCCAGUUUGCACCAGUUGCCUAGAACAUUGUUGUAAUGUUCUAAUUCCUAAUAAUAUGGUUGUAACAGCUGUUUCUCUCUCCACAGUAACCUUAAAUGGAAUUUCACAAAGGUAACUUUGUUUUUCUCACACUGACAUGAUUUAAGACUCAACAUUGAGAGUUAAGUUGCUUACUAAACAUUUUGCUAUGACGUUCUAUUGUACUUUAUGUCAUGCUGUGUUUGUUUCCUCUCUCAGUUCCUGAUAGACAGAGAAGGGCAGGUGGUGAAGAGAUACGGGCCAAUGGACGACCCCAUU